UUGUACUUUUUAUAAUCUGUGUAUUUCUUUCAGGAUGGCUGAACCGCGCUUUAACAAUCCCUACUUUUGGCCUCCUCCUCCUUCUAUGCCUGGCCAGCUGGAUAACCUAGUCUUGAUCAAUAAAAUCAAGGAGCAGCUGAUGGCGGAGAAGAUCCGGCCGCCACACCUGCCCGCCGUUUCGGCCGCCUCCCAGCAGCCUCUGAUGUCUCCGUCGGGCCAGGCCGAAGGCAGCCAGCACGGGAUGUCCAAAGCUCAGCAGGGGUCCGGGCUGCACAGUCCAAGCCCGUCGCAGCCUGACAUCGCCCUGCACGCCCGCCCUGCCUCCAGCUCCGUCACAGGUCGUAUYCUUGGAGAUGUGAACUUGAAUUUGGACGACAAGGCAGCUCUGAAAGCCCGGGGUCUGUGGGAGGACUGGCACCUGCGUCAGCUCAUAGACCAUCCCUCCAGAACAAACCACGUCUCAGGUGUGGCACUGGCAUCCAGAACCGGGAACCUCAGCACUUCGGAGAUCAUAACCCCAACAACGCCCACCUCAAGCAGCCACAGCCGACUGGGCGGAGCCCCCACCCCUCACCUCAUCUCAGGGUUAGCCGGCAGCCACGGGAUCGAGCCGGGGAAGACCAACGGGGGCUUUGUGGGCCUCCUCGGCCCGCCUCCGAAGCAGGAACGAGGGCGCAAGAAGAUCAAGGCAGAGAACGGCUCGUCGCUUUUGGUGGUUCCGUACCCGAUCCUGGCCUCGGGCAACGACCAGUCCUGCGUCACCAUCACCGCUAAGGAGGGCAAAACCUACAGGUGUAAAGUUUGUCCCCUAACCUUCUUCUCCAAGUCCGACAUGCAAAUUCACUCCAAAACGCACACAGAGGCAAAAGCCCACAAGUGUCCUCACUGCACCAAGACGUUUGCGAACGCCUCGUACCUGGCCCAGCAUCUGCGCAUCCACCUGGGCCUCAAGCCGUACCGCUGCUCUUACUGUGAAAGAUGCUUCCGCCAGCUCUCCCACCUGCAGCAGCACACCAGAAUCCACACAGGUGACCGACCUUACAAAUGCCUCCAUCCAGGAUGUGAGAAAGCUUUUACGCAACUCUCUAAUUUGCAGUCUCACCAGAGGCAGCACAACAAGGACAAGCCCUUCAAAUGCUCCAACUGUUUCCGUGCCUACUCAGACUCGGCCUCGCUGCAGAUCCAUCUCUCUGUACAUGCCAUCAAGAACGCCAAGGCCUAYUGCUGCAGCAUGUGCGGCCGGGCGUACACCUCAGAGACGUACCUCAUGAAGCACAUGCCGAAACACGCAAUGGUGGAGCAUGUCAUGUCCCAUCAUUCCCCUCAGAAUAGGACAGGUUCCCCCAAUAUUCCCAUUCGGAUCUCCCUCAUCUGAGCUCCACUGCCGUCGUCUUUCCUCCCAUCACGGACUCCUACUGCCUGACGGACCGCUCGGCUCCAAACGGAGGCAGGAAUCAUCUGGAGAAGAGGUUCUCGUCUGACGAGUUUUUCCUUCUUCUCUUUGUUGCUAAAGAGAAAGUAUUAACGGGAUCAUCCAAAGGUGAUUUCAGCACUUUCAGGCCUGACACUGACGGGCCGGAUAUUUGUUUUGUUUUAGUUUUUUUAUGGGACUUAAACAAGUAUUGCUCCAGGCAGCUACAUAAAGAAUCUUUUUAAGUUCUGUGUUAUACAUAUAACUCUGUGUUUUUUAAAAAACUUCUUUAAUUAACUCCCCUUAAGUCAUAUAUUAGUCUUCCAUUAUCUACAAUUAAGGCAAUCUUGUUGACAAUCCUGGUGUGUAAAAAAA